AUGGCCGAGCUGCUGCGGAGCCUGCAGGAUUCCCAGCUGGUCGCCCGCUUCCAGCGCCGCUGCGGGCUCUUCCCGGCGCCGGGUGAAGGCCUGCGGGAGAACGGCGCGGACCCCGCGGAGGGCGCGGCGCAGGCGCCCGGGGUCGGGCAUCCCCCCGCGGCCAGCCGAAAAGGGGGAGCAUCACCUGGGAGCUCCUUAGAACGCUCAGCCCUGCCCCAGGCUUAUGUACAGAAGUACAUCGUGAAGAAUUAUUUCUACUAUUACUUAUUCAGAUUCUCGGCCGCUUUGGGUCAAGAAGUGUUCUACAUAACAUUUCUUCCAUUCACUCACUGGAAUAUUGAUCCUUUUCUGUCCAGAAGGCUGAUCAUCAUUUGGGUGUUGGUGAUGUAUAUUGGUCAGGUGGCCAAGGAUAUCUUGAAGUGGCCCCGUCCUUCCUCCCCUCCCGUUGUGAGGCUGGAAAAGAGAGUGAUAGCGGAAUACGGAAUGCCGUCCACCCACGCCAUGGCGGCCACCGCCAUCGCCUUCACCUUCCUUAUCUCUACUAUGGACAGAUACCAGUACCCUUUCGUUUUGAGGCUGAUGAUGGCCGUGGUGUUUUCCACCUUGGUGUGUCUCAGCAGGCUCUACACUGGGAUGCACACGGUCCUGGAUGUGCUGGGUGGCGUCCUGAUCACCGCGCUCCUCAUUGUCCUCACCUACCCUGCCUGGACCUUCAUCGACUGCCUGGACUCGGCCAGUCCCCUCUUGCCUGUGUGCGUCAUAGUCGUGCCAUUCUUCCUGUGUUACAAUUACCCCGUGUCUGAUUACUACAGCCCAACCAGAGCGGACACCACCACCAUUCUGGCUGCCGGGGCAGGGGUGACUAUAGGAUUCUGGAUCAACCAUUUCUUCCAGCUCGCGUCCAAGCCCGCUGAAUCGCUCCCUGUUAUUCAGAGCAUCCCACCACUCACUACUGACGUGUUAGUUUUGGGUCUGACCAAAUUUGUGGUGGGAAUUGUGUUGAUCCUCUUGGUUCGUCAACUUGUACAGAAUCUCUCACUGCAAGUAUUAUACACGUGGUUCAAGGUGGUCACGAGGAACAAGGAGGCCAGGCGGAGACUGGAGAUCGAAGUGCCUUACAAGUUUGUUACCUACACAUCUGUUGGCAUCUGUGCGACAACCUUUGUGCCGAUGCUGCACAGAUUUUUGGGAUUACCAUGA